AUGCCAGGAGGAGAAGAUGAUGAAGAGGAAGAACAAGAACACACAUACAUACAUAAACACAUACACAUAUAUAAACUAGACAAGAAAUUCCUGGGAUUUAUCAUGUGGCGACUUACACGUAACUACACGACAGCAAGGAAGACCUUCUUCCAGAUGUUCCCACAGACUUUCCCCAAUGGCACGUCUUUUAAGAUCAAUCCACGUACGUUGCGUAAGGAAUAUCGGCACCUCCAGUCGAUCUCUCAUCCAGACCUCAAGAGAGAGGCGAAUGAGCGUGUGGAAGGGGAUGGUGCCGCUGAAGCAGAAGAAGGCGAGGACUCCUCAAUGAUCAAUAAGGCCUAUGAGACGCUUAUGGAUCCGUUAAAACGGGCACAGUACAUAUCGAAGGUUGAAGGGGGGCUGGAUCUAGGAGACGACGAGGUGGGGAAGUCGUUGCAGUUUCAAGAUAAGGAGAUGUUGAUGGAGAUGAUGGACGUCCACGAGAUGCUUGAGAGUAUGAGCACGGAGAGGGAAGCCGAGGAGAUGAGGAGUGCCAACGAUCGAAAGAUUGAAGAGAUUGUCCAGCAGCUGGAAGUGUGUUUCAAUGUCAAGGACUGGGAGAGGUUUGCCAUGUUGGCAGUGAGGUUGAAGUACUGUUACAACAUCAAGAAUGUGUUGCGGGAAUGGGAAGCAGGCAAGCCCAUCAACUUGACGCAUUAG